AUGAAGGUCUACAGGCUCCCGCUGAGGAUUACAAAACGGUUCAAUUCGUGAGUGUGCUUUAUCAAGUUUUUAGAGCAAAGAUAAUGUUACAGAAGAGAUUACCGGUUAGCAAACAAUGAAAAGUCGGUGACAGUAGAUUUGGGAGCUAAAAACAGCAUUGAAUUGAAAACAGGUGGGCUGAAAUUUUUAAUAAUUCCUAGAGAAACCUUGAAAAAUGUGUUUUGCGCAAAAAUAAAAACGAGAAACAUCGAAAAAGCGGACAUUUCCAGGCCACAUUGCCAGGUUCGCUUCGGCGGCCGUCGUUGCGUCAUCUGGAGACAAUUCAGUGAUGGCGACAGUCGUUCAGAGAAAAACCAAUCAAGGAGACGGAAACGGAGUGCCUCUGCAAGUGGAAUACCGGUGCGUUUAUGGGAAAUGCUCGGGAAAGUGAACUAUUUUCAAUCCUUUCAAGCUCGGAAAAAUGUUAAUAUCGAAUAAAUUUCACUAUUUUUCAGACCUUCCGCCUCUGCAGUCGGCCGUAUUCCCACCAACUUCCUCCGCCGUGAACUCAGCCAGUCUGACACGGAAAUUUUAAUUUCCCGAGCCAUCGACCGAUCGAUUCGUCCGCUGCUGCCGGGCAACUCUUACGAGACCCAAGUUAUCUGCAAACCUUUGGCUCUGGAUGAGAACGCCGAUCAGAUCAUGCUCGGAAUCAACGCCGCCGCCGCCGCUCUUCACAUCUCUCCCGCUCCGUUCACAGGCCCUCUGGCGGCCCUCCGAAUCGCCAUGGAUUCGAGGGGAAACUUCCAAGUGAAUCCAUCGAAAGACGAGCUCAAUUCCUCCGCUCUCAACCUCAUUAUCGCGAUGAGAAAAUUUCAAAGAACAGUAAUGGUAGAGUUGGACGCGCACGAAACACAGGCGGAGCACUUGGAAGGAGCACUCGACGUCGCAUUCCAAAACGUCGAAAAACUGCACGACGCGAUGGAUCAGUUGGCGCUAGAAGUGGGCAACACGAAGUCCGUUCUGCCGUUCAAAUCGUUCCCAAAGAUCGAAGCCGUUCUGGAGACGUUAGCCAGAGAACGCAUUUACUAUGUGAUGACCGAUUCAACGCACGACAAAGUCUCCCGAGACCAGGAAAUCAGUGCGAUCCACUAUGAAGUGCUCGAGUCGCCCGAGAUUCAGAGCUUCGAAAAGGAGAACGUCACGAGAUGCUUCUAUUCUCUGGUAAAGGAAGUGCUCCGUGACACCGUGCUCACAUCAGGAAUCAGAUGCGACGGCCGGAAGACGACCGACUUCCGUCCGAUCACAAUUCACGUGGACAUGUACAAGAAGUUGCACGGAUGCUCGAUGUUCCAGAGAGGACAGACCCAAGUGCUCUCCACCGUCACUUUCGACAGUCCGACCGCCGCUUUCCAUCCGGACUCCGUCGCUCAAUUGCUCGGAUCGCAACGAAAGAAGGCGUUCAUGCUGCACUACGAGUUUCCCGCCUACGCAACCAAUGAGAUCGGGGUAGGAUGCAGUACUCGGGCAGCCACGUGAUCUUUCUAGAACAUCACUUUGUUUUGUGGUUUUUAAUGCGGUUCACUUCGCCUCUUAAUCUUUCAGUAUUUCAUUUCUUCAAUUGAAAGUAUAAUUCACCUUUCCAGACCGCCCGUUCACUGAAUCGCCGUGAAAUCGGUCAUGGAGCCCUUGCCGAAAAAGCCCUCAAGAACCUUUUCCCCAAAGAUUUUCCGUACGCCACCCGUCUCGCCUGCCAAGUGCUUGAAUCCAACGGAUCUUCGUCGAUGGCGUCCGUGUGCGGCGGCUCUCUCGCUCUUUUCGACGCGGGCGUUCCGAUGAAGAACGCGGCGGCCGGCGUGGCGAUCGGACUCAUCACAGAUCCGAAGCAGCCGGACGAGAACUACAAGGUGCUCACGGACAUUCUCGGCAUUGAGGACUACGCAGGCGACAUGGACUUCAAAGGUUCGCAUCACAUCUGAAUCUCCGUCCAUUUCAACUUUUUACUUUUCCAGUUGCCGGCACGGAGCGAGGCCUCACCGCCGCCCAAAUGGACGUGAAGAAUGACGGUCUGACGCGCGAGCAGUUCACGCGGAGCAUCCAGGCGGCCCGCGACGGCAUCGACCACGUGCUCGCAAAGAUGAAAGUGAUGCGGGAUCGGCCGAGAGAGCACUUCAAACCCAGCGUUCCGAUCAUCCAAUCGAUGCGGAUCGAGCCGCACAAGCGGGUCACUCUUUUCAGAAACAACGGAUACAAUUGCAAACUGAUCGAGGCGGAAACUGGUGUGAAAGUACGUUUCGCAAAAGCGUUUUGGCUCUGAUUAACGAUAAUUUGUUCAGAUAACGGCGGAGGACGAGGCGAAUAUCUCAUUUUUAGCGCAGGAUAAGGAAAAGUUGCAGAAGGCGUUGGAUUUGAUGAAUGAGUAAGAAAGUCUUUAAAUUGAAGUCCCAGAACCGCGUCUUUUCUUGCAGAGUCCUCGAGAGCAACGCCACCCUCGACUUCGCCUUCGGAUCCAUCGUCCAGGCGGAAAUCGUGGAGAUCAUCGAACGGGGCGUUUACGUGAGCCUUCCGGGCAGCUCCCGUCGUAUCUUUAUGAGCAACAACCAUCUGAGUCUCCACCCGGUCCGUCAUCCGGAUGUGCUCGGGCUCCACAUCGGCGACAAAAUGAGCGUGCAUUGGUUCGGACGCGACGAGCACACUGGAAACAUCCGACUUUCGCGGAAGACGCUCUCCGGCGCCGCCACCCCAGCCGUUCAGAAUAUGAAAUAG